AUGCAUGCGUUGAACGAGGCGUUCGAUCGACUGCGACAAUAUUUGCCCACGAUUGGCAACGAUCGGCAGUUGUCCAAGCACGAAACGCUUCAGAUGGCCCAGAGCUACAUCUCCGCACUGAGAAUGAUUGAAGUUAAGCAAAGCCAGACCGCCAAAUUCCUCAAGGAAAAAAUUCUUGAGAUCCUGCAAUCAUACGAGGUAUCCAUCAAUCAGAUUCUGUCCGUGACAACCGAUAAUGGGGCCAACAUGAUUGCUGCCGUGAAACUGCUCCAACAAGCUGCAGCCUUUUUCGGAGUUUCGCCCGAAUCUAUCUUGGAAGAUGAAGUACCCCAUGCCAGCGAGAAGGAUAUCGAGCUAUUGGAUUC